AUGGCUCCUUACUUUCAGACCGUAAAGUCAUUUGCUGAUGUUCCAUUUACUGGCGAAGACGGUCAAGGAGGUGUGGAGACAGAGGCAUUUCUGGCAGCGUCAGAUGGGCUGGUUCAGUUAUUUGACCUUCUAGGAUCCGGUGUUUUUGGAUUCGUACAGGCCGAUAUUAGGGGGAACAUCAAUGGCGUACGCGCUCGGUACGACUCCCAUAAAGACGCAUCCCGCACCCUCGAGGAACUCGUUCAAUCGGAGAAGAAUGAGCCACACCGACACGCCACGCCGUGCCUAGUGCGAUUAAUAAGAGGUCUCUUGUUCACCUGUCGCGCCCUGCAGCACAUGCAGCGCGAUACCUCUUGCGAACUUCACGUCUGCUUCCGGCGAGCAUAUGACGAGGUGCUGCGACACCACCACAACUUUGUGAUUAGGGGUGUAGUCGGGGUUGCGAUCCGAGCGACACCCCAUCGACAUGCCUUCUACACGUCUAUUGCGCAAGGAGAGCCGUUUGAUGAGCUUGAUGUUGAACUGGCACGGUGGCUUGAGGGCCUGGAUCGCAUUGUUGGAAGCGUGCGGGCAUUCUUGGAGAGCGGUGGGUUUGGGAAGGUGUAG